UUCACACCAGUUGAAUUACAAAGCGGACAAUGGCAACGGAUUGGUGAAUGCUGUUCAAUUCAAUAUACCUAGGUUUAACAAACAAUGCGAUUGGUAUAUAGUAUAUUUCUCUACAAUAUUUAAGUCUAAAAGUUCUAUUUUGUUGCGGUUGUGUUCAGAUCAUAUUUAAAUCCAGCUAUAAUGCCGUUUCCGCCAAUAAAUCUACAUCAGAGAAUCUCUUCUCCCGGGAGAGAGUUGUUCCGGAAAAAGAAACAGACGGAAGAAAAAGAUUCGGAGAAGGAAAAGAUUUCGAGGUCUUGGACUACAGCCAAUCUGAUGAAUUUGGGAAGAAAACCACAACAGAAAACCAAACUCCCAAUCCAGGAGACAUCGGGUAUAUCGAACUCUUGGCGAACUAUACCCAAACAUUCUCCGGACUCUUGCAACAGCGUUCCACGUUCUAGUUCGGUUGAAUCUUCCACCCAACGGGACAAGAGCAAACCGUCCUCGCGAAGUUCCAUUGGAAAGGACGAGACGGGAGAGGAAAGAGAGAUUCAGUUUUCUCUAAGUCUCACACCGGAGGCCAUUCUCGUUAUUCAAAAGCGCAGCUUAGAGAAACAGAUGCUUGCCAAACAGCAGAAGUGUUGUGCGUCCGUGGAUCUUCGGCACAGGCGAGUCUUUCCUUCCAAACGGACUCAAGGAGGUGUUUCCAAAAGCACGGUCCCCGCCGUCGCUAAUCCAGAAUAUGCAGAGGACAUUACCACCAUAGUUAAAAUCUCUUUACUAAAUGAUCAGUAUAAGUACGAUGACGUAGAAUAUGAGGAAGAAGAUGGAGACGUAGAUGAGACUGUUGUGAGGAAAUGCAAAGAGUGGUUGAAAGGAGUUGAGAGCGCCGCUGCUUUAGGCAAAAUUGACAAAAUAUCUGCACUUCCGCACCUUAAAAGCUGAUGAUGUCGACUGACUGGCAUGUUUGAGGACUUUAGUAGGCUAUGUGGAGAUAAAUGGUUAGCUGUGAAAAUUGCACAUUGGACACAAAGGAGAGUAGCCUGUUCACUGACACUGCUCAUCAUUACGCACGUUGAGUAUCCACACAUGGGAUCGGGAGUGUUUUUGUUUUUUUUAACUAAUAUUUCUAAUGAUGUCAGAAUUAAAUCCCUUUACUGUUAA